UUCCACUUGAAAUAUUGGGAAUCUGAAUGUAAAUUAAUAAAGCACUGGCAAAAAAAUGGAUUACUGACAUUCAAACUACCAAACCUUCACAUUUAAGAUCUUCAAAUUUAAACUUGGGGCACUACUAAUAACGUAAUUUAUUUAUGGAAGGAAAUUUACUAAAUUCUUAAAUAGAGAAGAUCCAUAAAAUACACAAACAUCUCAAAUAUUACAUUUCUUGUGAUAUGGAUUUGUCUGACUUCCAAGUUCGCAUGUGCCCUCCAACGGCUAUAUAUAUUCCAAACUUCAUAACUUCGGAAGAUGAGCAACGUAUUUUCUCUCAGAUCGAUCGAGCUCCAAAACCUAAAUGGACACAGUUGCUUAACAGGCGCCUUAUAAACUACGGGGGCAUACCCCAUCCGAACGGAAUGCUAGCUGAGCGAAUUCCUGAAUGGCUGCAGGUUUAUGUAGACAAAAUAAAUAAUUUAAAUAUUUUUGAGUCUAAAAAAGCAAAUCACGUACUAAUUAACGAAUACUUGCCUGGACAAGGGAUUAUGCCACAUACUGAUGGUCCUCUGUUUUACCCUGUAAUAUCAACUAUAACUAGUGGCUCUCAUACGGUCCUUGACUUCAUUGAACGAGAAAAGGAUGCAUCCAAUAAUCUCCAUAGUUUAGGUUUCGCGCGUAAGGUUAUUUUCAAAAUACUUUUAGAGCCCCGUAGUUUGUUAAUACUCAAAGACUCAUUGUAUACUGACUAUUUGCAUUCAAUUAAUGAAGUCAAACAAGAUGUUCUCUGCGACCGAAUCUUCAACUAUAAGAGCUGCGAAACGGUCCAUAAAAUUGGAGACAUAUUACAGCGUGGGACUCGUAUAUCACUAACUAUACGGUAUGUGCCGAAAACGACUAAAAUGAAAUUAAAAUUUUGAGAGCUCUUUGGAUAUAUAUACAUGUGUAUACCAACCAAACAAUAUUGUUACUCUUAAUUCAAGCUGGGUAAUAUUAAAUGAUACAAAUUUGUAUGUAAAUGUUAGUUAUGUUAGUUAAUAAUAAAAUCUGAUGUUUAAAAAGUAUAUUUUUAUUUAAUAAAUAAUUAAAUAAUAUUUUUAUAUA